CCCGCGUGGCCUGAGGAGCCUGAGGGCCUGCUGGGUCCUGGGCUCCUUGCUACUUCAGUGAUGCUUGCCUGGCAGUGUCUGGGGACCUGGCCCUGAGGGCGCGGCCCGCGGAUAUCUGCCUCUUGACCUGGGCUUGGGCACUGGCAGGAGGACCCGGACGGGGUGCUGGAGGAGCGCUCCUGGGCAAGGGGACAGGCCCACGCGGGGUCUCCGCCCCCUUAGCCUGGGCCUGGACCUGAGAGGGCGAAACUCGAUCCUUAGGACCUUGAACAAGUAAAAUGAAGGUCAUAGAGAGAGGCUUUUCAUUUAUGGAGGCUGUUUUUCAGAACAGAAGUUUGCUAAUAAAAAAUAUCACCAAAGAUUAGAAGCAUAAUCAUCUAGAGGAAAUGCUGGUAGUAUGGCUCCCUGUAGGUGUUCAAAAAUCUCUACGGCAGAUAGUCUCGUUUUAGGGGCUGUCCAGAUUAUGAUUGGCAUAUUUCAUGUUUUCAUGUGGUAUUUCCUAUUGAUUUUGUAUAUGGGACAAAUUAAAGGAGUCUUUGGGACAUAUGAACCUAUAACUUACAAAACAGGAUGUUCUUUAUGGGGAGUUAUUUUUAUCAUUGCAGGAGUCUCCAUGAUAAGAGCAGCAAGGCAUCCAACUCAAGGCGUGAUUACAUUUGCUUUGAUCAUGAACAUCUUCUGCAUAAUUGUUGCAGUUAUUGCAUCAAUUCUAACAACAAUUGAGUUGUCUUCUUUUAAUUCCGUGUCAUAUAGGAAUUAUGGACAAGCAAAACUCGGAAGGGAAGUUUCACGGAUUUUACUGAUAUCUUACCCCUUGGAAUUUUCUAUAGCAUUAGCAUACUCAAUCUUUGGCUGUAUUGGUUUGAGUCGUCAUCGUAAUGAAGAUUCUCUCACAACUGUUACAGAGGAAGCUGAGAGCACUUUUUAAAAACCAGAAAUAGGAGAUUUUUCCUGGCGCUCAUACCUGAUGUGGGCCCUAAUGAUAUCUCUGUAUAACAAGGCUGCUACAAAGCCCACAGAUUUUGUGCAAAAGAAAAUACAAACAAGUUGGAUUUUUCUUCUCAGUAU